AUGGCUGUACCCCCGCCAGAUAGCUCUUACACCCCACCUCUCACUCCCUUGAUUGAAGAAUCCCAAUUCAUCAGUGACUCUAUGGAGGAUCUUGGUCCCCAGGCGACCCGGAAACGUCCGCGUCUCGACAGUGGAAGUCGCGUCAGUCCGACCUUGUCGUUGGAUGGAACCUCGCGUACUGCCUCCAUCGCACCUGCCUCGGACAUGGAUGAGGCCUCGGAUUCUGGAAAUCCAGCUAAUAAAGUCACCAUCAACACAAAAUCCCCUCUACCUUCCAUGGCUCCCGAACGACCUCCCUCCAAUCCUGAGCUCUCCGGUAGCGAUCUGGGGCUCCUACCAGAUAUCGACACAGCUCCCAAUCCCAUUUCAGUUUCCUCCUCACCCUCCUCACCUCGAAGUCCUGAGAUUGAAGUUGCAGAACCGGAAGACAUCAACCAAAACCAGAACACUUCAAACUGGAAGUCACUGGGCCAAGUAGUACGAGAUCAGGAUGAGCUCGAAGUGAUAGAGAUCCAAGACGUGGCUCCUCUUUCCGACUCUUUCCCCAAAGUACACACUGAGAUGACACCCAAAGAGAACAUGAAGGCACUUGGUGAUAUGCUUGAGCAUGGACACCCACGGGAAGGCACGGCGCUUAUUACGAUACAACAAUGGCUUCGCAAUUGUGUGCGUAAUCUUGAUCGGCUCACAAUCGAGGAAUUUGCGGCAGAUCUGGAUUUCUGGGAAUAUUUGCCCUCCAUCCUGGACCGUCUUUUGCGCAGACAACAAGAUCUGCAACUAGACAUGAUUGAAGAUCUCUCAGGUUUCUUCGAGCAAUAUCUUCUCGAUUAUGCUCAUGUUGUCCUUCACUUUGUUCGCUUGGACACCACGCUUCUCAGUGCCGUUGAUGAAGAUAGCGAAGACGUUGAAAUACCCCCAAGCACCUGUCGACGAUAUCUUCAUAGCUUCCCUUGGAUGUUCCAUGGCGACCAAAUCCCCUUUUUCCGAGUCUUGGAAAAUCAGUUCCGCACUGGAAAUCUCGAUCUUUCUGCCCGGCUGAAAGCUCAGGUCUCAGCUCCUCCCUUUGACGCACCCGGCGUACUUAUUAAAUACGCUUCGAAAUUGCUUGCAUUGCUUCCGAAGUGUCCGCAAAUCGUCACCAUGCUCUCAGCGCCUUUGGUCAACAUGCUCGCAUUUCUUGAAUGUGACACAGAGAGUAACCAGAAAGGUGGCUCUGAUUCUCCCAUUGAUUUGCCUGGCGAUGCAACUGACCUACAGCCUUUUUUUGAAACGGUUCGAGGAAUUGACAAAGCAUACCGGAAGUUUGUCGAAAGGAAGUCGCAAUUGGCCACCAGUGAAUUGAGCGAUAGUCUUCUGAACCCAAUCUUCCGCAGUUACCGUUUCCUUUGCUUCGGUUACUCGGAGUUUUUGCUCCAACUUGCUCAAGAAUUGUCGAUUCAAGUUCCCGAGGGGGCAGAUGCAGAGCAGACCGCUUUGUGUGUUAUCUGGACGUGGAAAUUCGAUACUCUGAAAAAGCAGAUUAUGGAAGGCCGAAUGGAGCUUCGUGUCCAUGGCGUGGAAAUGAUGCAAUCAGAUCUUGUCAGCAUUUGGGGUCAAAAUGUAUCUGAGAACCGCGAUGGGAUCGAGUCCCCGUUUCUCAAAUACUUGGUUGAAUAUCUUCGCGAAAAUAGGAUCCUCGAUUAUCUUGUGGGCAUUGAUUCACACCCACAGUUGAUCAGCCGCAGCAGUAACAUCUUCGGAUUUCUGAUUGUGACGGCGAAAUACACCGACCAUGACACGGACGUCAUCUGGAAAACUGUUACGGAGAGCCAAGAUGAUCGCACCGUCUGUGAAGUCAUGUCCAUGCUCGCACGAACAUUUGCCAUGCAUCAGUCCAGGUCUAAAGCGUUGCUCUAUGUGUGCUCAAAACUGCUUGAGUAUCCCUUGGAUCGCUUCGACAGUCGCAUAAUCGAUUUUUGUGAGCAGCUGGUGCCUCGUAUGCGCGAACGACCCCAGGAUGGCGACCGAGACUAUCGCACCAUGUCCGGUGAUGAACAUGUUGACUCUAUCCCACUGAAGCUCUGCGUCCGCUUAAUCCGUGAGAGCUCGGGGGCGAAGGACCUGCCUCUCGAACAAAAGGAGCUUAUGCAGGGGUUCGGAACCGAGCAGCUGGGUCAGUUUAUCAAGGCUGGACUUAACGAAACCGACAUGGCAGAAACUUAUGAGCGCUGCAUUCAAGACAUUGGAGAAAUGAAUGAAUGCACCGCUGGUAGCAUCCAAGUGUUGAACGCACUGGUGCCCCGUGAUGAUGCUCGAGAGCUUUGGAAACUUGCGACCGAUUUCGAUUUGACGCGUUUGGUUGUAAUAGAACUUCACCAUCUCGUCAGCGAAGACCACGCUAAGCUCAAAGAUCCGUCUUUCAAGCACGGCUUCUCCUCGCGGGUGGAAAUCCUGCGGCGUCUUAUUGAUCUGGCCCCAGAUACCAUCACACCUGAACUUGGGAACACACUCUGGAAGGAGAUUUUCAUGUCUGAGAACUUGGCCUCUGAGGAACGUCAAACGAUUUGGAAAAUGAUGGUGGAUCUCACCAACCGUACCGCCAAAGAAAACCCGUUUCUUGAACUGUGCAUUCAUGAGUAUCUACCAGAUGUGCGUCCCAAGGACUACUCGCAUGAGGUAUUAUGGUUCGCUCAACAGUCGGUCCACUACGAGAUUCGAAUCAAGUCACCUCCCAUUGUCGGGGAAAAUGAAGUCAUAUCUAUUCCUGGAAUGGAUCGAAUCUGGAACUUCAUCCUGACGGCACCUCCACAAUCGAUCGAAGGCGAGGCUAUCAAGUUCGCUAUAGAGAGCUAUCUGGACCACAGUAUUGUUCGCAGAUCUCCCCGAUCGGCUAUUGACGCCACUCACAUUGCUCUUGUCAAUCGCUGCGUGGACCAACUGAAGUCCGCUGCUGUCGCGUUAAAAUCACCUUGCAAUGAAACAUCUAGUGGAGGGAUUUCUAUGGAUAUUGACAUCUCGAAUGGUGGCAUCGGAACCGAUGAACUUGUGUUCAGCCGGUCUCUCCAUUUCCUUCGUCAGUUGCUCCAUGGAUUGCGAGCUCGGCCACAGUAUAGCUCCCCUCGUGGCUCUCCGCCUACUAUCCCGGAACGUCCCCUGAAAGGCGAGCCAAUUGAAUUUCGAUAUCAAUGUUUUAAUGGCGCUCUCAUGUCUACAAUCUGUUCAAAACGCAUUGGUGGUCUCUCUACGGCUGCCGAGCUUGUGGAAAUGCUUGUGCAGCUGAGUCGAUUCUCCAAGUUUACUACCAUCCUCGGUGGGCAGAAGAUCGAGUUGCUGCAAGAUCCUGAGGCCCUUGUGAAAAACCUGAAGCUCUCUUCAGGUUUGUUAAUUAUCCGAAAGGCCCCUGAUGCUCAUGAAAUCACAUGGGCUGGGAGACGGCAGUCUCUAACAGCAGUAGACAGCGAAGUGCUGAAGCACUUCGACGAGCUGUAUGAUAUGCUUGACCUCAAGGGUGACUUGGCUCGUCAGAUCAUUGACUUCCUGGUUGCCUUCCCGCCUCAAGUGAGGGCCCUCGAACUUGUUCGAUCCAACAGCAACACCGAGAAAGACAUGUUCCCGUUGCGAAGACCUUUCAAGGCCUUGUACUCCUUGAAUACACUGUCAAUGUGUCUCCACGAGGAGGCUGCAGAGAUAUCCCCAGACCAAGCCUUUGUGUCUCAUAGCAAUCGGGUUCUGGUUGCGUUUCUCACGUCAGAUGAACUGUUCACCUCUCUCUCCGGCAACUCGAUAACCAGUGUGCUCGCUACUAGGGCCAUCGAAUGUCUUCUGCUGGCUAUAUCUGUCUAUCGCCCGACUGAUGAUGAUUCCGUUCUCAUUGCUGAUCCAGUAUCUUUGGUCCGACGUGUUCUUGACCUGCUUGAAAUUGGCCGCACCGGUCCCACAGAUCCCCCUGCUGUCGAGGGUUCAAUGCGCGACCUUCAUGUCUGGAAUGCUGUUAAGCAGCACGCGCAAUUUGAUAGCUUGAUCCUAUCUCUACUCCUGAAAGAAAUUCGAAAGCCUAUCCGGACUGACAUUCUGGAACGCUUGAAAAUUAUCUGCGGCCCACUGAAACCGUUUAAACCGUCGGAAAAAAAGCCUGAUACAGAAUCUCCUGCCGCGGAAAACUUCAACCGGGUUGACAUGCUUGCCACUCUUUGGUCUUCAUUUCUACAAGUGAUCCCCAAGACCGUUGAAUAUGUUCCACAGUCGGAAGAGUUCUUCAACGCUGCUCUAUGGAUAUUCCGCACUGUGGCACAGAAAUCACCUCGGGACUUGAUCUUCAACGAGUAUCUUCGACAAUGGAGUGCCGUUAUGCUCACUCAUCAAACAGAAGAGUUUGUUGGACGUGAGCCGGCAGAUAACUUGAUCAUCGGGUUUUCUACUUUGCUAGAAAGGUGUCUGGAAUUGGCCAACGCCGCGGGCGUCACUUUGAACACUUUGAACAUCGCCGAGGAAAUUUUUAACCAGUACCUGUUCCCAGAUUUCUCUCCAGAUACGGUGGAACAUGCAGUUCCUCAAGUUCCAGUCAUGCACAGCUACACCCGCUCGAGCCUUUACAAUGUCGUGAACUUGCUGUGCAAGCAGAGCGAUGCGACUUAUUGUCAAGUUUUGGAGCUCCUCAACACAAAUGUUCCACGAGACUCCCCUUAUCUGGAGUAUGCCUAUAACAGGUCGCUAAUGCUCCGGUCCCCGGAAGGCUAUGCGGGCCUCAAGAAUCUCUCGAACACAUGUUACCUCAACUCCCUCAUGACCCAGCUUUUCAUGAACAUUGAGUUCCGAGACUUCAUUCUUAAUAUCCCCAUUGCUGAUCGGAUAUCUCAAAAGCUGCUUUAUGAAACACAGCGGCUGUUCACAUGGAUGCAGGAGACAUGGAGCAGAAGCAUUGAACCGUCUGACUUUGUGAAAAGCAUACUCACAUACGACAACGAGGAGAUUGAUGUGACCAUCCAGAUGGACGUUGAUGAGUUCUACAACCUUCUCUUUGACCGCUGGGAGGCUCAGGUUCUCGAUUCCGAAAAGAAGGAGAAAUUCCGGUCUUUCUAUGGAGGGCAGCUUGUUCAGCAAAUCAAGUCAAUGGAAUGCGAUCAUAUCUCGGAAAGACUUGAGCCGUUCUCUGCAAUUCAGUGUGAGAUUAAGGGGAAGGCGACUCUUGAAGAUAGUUUGCGGGCCUAUGUGGCAGGAGAGGUAAUGCAGGGAGAUAAUAAAUACUCUUGCACCUCUUGUGGCCGACAUGUGGAUGCUGUGAAGCGUGCCUGUCUGAAAGAUGUCCCUGACAAUUUGAUCUUCCACCUGAAGCGGUUUGACUUCGACAUGGUGCAUAUGCUGAGAAGCAAGAUUAACGACGAGUUCCAAUUUCCUCACCACAUCGACAUGACUCCUUUCACAGUCGAGCAUCUCUCUGACCCGGAGCAGACAAUUGCACCGGACAAAUUUGAAUUGGUUGGGGUUCUUGUGCACACUGGCACAGCUGAAUCGGGUCAUUACUACUCAUACACCCUUGAACGUCCCUCGUCUAGCGGCGAAGCAAAUUGGGUCGAGUUCAACGACUCCGAUGUCGGUAAAUUUGAUCCUAGCACAAUCGCAGCUCAAUGCUUUGGCGGCCCGAGUGAGACGAUGCAGUACAUGAAUGGAGCUCCUAAGAAUAAGGUGUGGAAUGCGUACAUGCUGUUCUACCAACGUGUCUCCACGAUCGAGAAGUCCAAAGAAAUCUUCAAGCCAACGAAGCCCAACCUCCCUAUACACCUCCCGGUGUCAAUCUCGACCCAUAACUACAUUGCUAUGGACAACGAAAUGCUUAUCCGGAUUUACUGUCUCCUAGACCCACAAUACGCAUAUUUCGUGGGCAAAUUGCUUCAGAGGUGGCCGUACAUGGCAACGGAAAAUGUCAACAAGGCUAGAGCGGAAUCGUUGGCCAUCAAUGUCGGAAUGGACACCAUUGAGCAAUUGGUCACGCGUACCAAGUAUUUCCAAGGACACCAGGAGGUUUACGGCGAACUCGUCGACAUGAUCAACAAAAGCCCCAAUGCGGCCCAAUCGGCGCUUGAGUGGGUCAUUAAUCGGCCAACGUCAAUGUACAAUCUUAUGAUCAAGCCGCAGAAUUCAGAUAUCCGAAACAAGGGAAUUCUGUUGAUCAACCAUGCCCUAAAACACCUCCACUUGAUGUCGAAAAGUCAGGAUCUUGAUGAAGAUGAACGGAUUUCAUGGCGCGAUCGAUUUGAUGAAGCCAUUCAGCAGAUUGUGCCCAUGGUGACAGGUCUCUGGACCGAAGUUCAAUGCGUUCUUCGAGUUUGGGAUGACUACUUUGGAUUUUUGUUGAAGCUUUGCACAUAUGGCCCAGAGAUCAUCCAGGUUCUACUCGAUCACGGUCAUUUUGCUGCCUGCAUGGAGAUUAUCUGGAUUGAUGAAGAGGAUAGGAAGAAAUUGCGGAUCCGCUAUCUCAAUUACGUGCGCCUCUUGAACAAAGGACGUCAGUUCAACCAUCUGAUUUUACUGUCAUUGUGCUUGGUCUUUUUCAAACACGUUGACCUUUCGCUCCGCCCAACCCCCAUUGGCGCAAAACGACGGUAUUUGAAUGGCAAAUUCUCAACCACCGUCAGAGAAAUGGAGCUCAUCAAGCCCACCGAAGAUGAUGGAUCCUUGUCUAUUGUGUUGAAGCUACUGAGGCAUGAGGUUCUCGCGAGGAGCCAGACUACCCGCGCGAUCAUUGGAGUUCUGUUAGACGGAGAGCCUGGCGUUGGCUUGCUGGAUUCGAUUCAACUGACACUGGAGAAUGGGGCCAGACUUGAACCCGCCGUCCAAUGCACACCUUUCCUGGAAGCAGCGACAACUUUCUGCCAGCGUUGUCCGGAUAAGGGGCGAGUCAUUGGCAUGGUAGACUUCAUUGCCAAGGGGAUCGACAGCAUUGACAACAGCGGUGGCCAGGAGCACAUGGAUUUCUUCAUGUGUCUUUGCCGCGUUACCAACGAGCGGUUGAACAUGGGCUCUGCUGAUUUUACCGAGCUCGUUUUUGACAAUAUCCCGGUCUGGGCUCCGACUCUGCUCAUUGACAAGGACGAGAUCAUCCGUCACAACAUGCAAAAGAUCAUCGACGAGACGGUUAUUAACGAUAAUAUCGUGGAGGGCAACACAGAUGACUCCGAACUGAAUGGCGACUGGCGGACCACCAUCACACAAGAGCGGCGCCAUAAAAUUUGUCGCCGGCUGCCGAUCGCCUGCAUUGAGCGACUUAAGUCCGCAUUCCUGAGCGAUCAGAUCAGUCAUAUUGAUGCCAGACUGCUCGAGAAUAUUACCCCCGUGAUCAACUAUUGUCUGGCUACUUUCUAUGACGACUCUGAGACGGACCAGCAAGAAGUUCAACAGGCCAAUGAACUCCUCGCUCUCCUCAAGUCGAUGUCGCUCGAAGAAGUCCCCGAUUACCCACCUUCCGGUAUGCUUCAAUCUUUAUCCCUCGUCAAUGGCCGUGGACCAUCAUCUAACCCGAUCCCCCUAGAAUCGGACGUGGCCUCAGUCGAGGAAUGGGACGCAAAUUCGGUGAUCGCAAGUGAUUCCGAAAUGGGUGUCGCGGGAUCUCCUUAG